GUAUACUCGAGUGUCUCCAGUCGAUAUUCACAUGGUUAGUUACCAAAAGAAGGACGUUAUUGGUGGUACGUGUAUUUAUUUUAGAAUUUAAAGAUUUUUGCAAACUUCAAGAUCCUCGUCUAGGUGAUAAUUCAAGAUGUCCGUUAAUCAAUCACUUGGAGAAAAUUCCCUCGAUCGGAGCUUCAAUGAACGCUAUGUAUUUCUCUACGAUCUGCCAAGCCUGCAAAAAAUGGCAUCUUACGAAGUCUGCCGAACAAUCUGGUACAGCAAUUUAUCAAAGUACCAACUUAUCGAAGCGGAAGAUACUAAUGUUAUUCAUUGUCGUUUUAUGAUUGGGUUUUAUCUUUUCGAGCAUUACCAGAAGCACAUUAAGCAACUUAUAAAGCAUUUGAAUGUUCCUGCCUUAAUCGAAGGUAUUCUCGAAAAUUCUAUGAAGAAGGUCUGUGCAGAGAUCGGAAAUUGGGUGAUGGAAUUUUACUAUCGCAUAAUAAAUCUCGAAGGCCACUGCGGAAUUAAUGUUAUUGAUCCAAAAUGGUUGGUUUGGUCGGUGAAAGGCGAAAUCGACUUUUCAAAAAGCGCAAGGAGGGUUGUACAAGAUGUCAGUUUGACUGAAUGGCAGAAAUUUCUCGUGAUGUGUAAAUAUUGCAUGGCAGAUGAAAUAAGUAAAUUCUCGUUGGAUUCCCUUCCGCCGCAAUUUUUUACGGAAAAUUUUCGUGUUCGUAAUAUUAUUUGUUUCUAUUGGAUUUGUUAUCUCAGAAAUGAACUACACAGAAUACCAGUCAGAAAUAAUGAGUCAGCAGACUGGACCAUUUCUAGAAAUCAUGCUGACUUUCAGUUGGUUAAAAUUUUUUUCUGGGAUCGUUUAAAUGACGAUCAGCGAGUAACACUAGUUGCUUAUUGGAUUAAUCAGUCUAAACAUAAAAGUACAAAGGACCUUACUAUUUUGGAACAAAUUAUUUCUAGAAUGUCUCUGUCUCAGCAACAACGUGUGCUGCGUGAAACGAGACGCACAAUCGUUAGUUAUUUCGCAUUGUAUUCCGGUUCGUCACGAUGUGCUCUUUGGGCAUGGAGAUGUACUGGAGAUCAGAUGGAUGUAGAACACUUCGCUAAAUUGGUUGAAGAAUUGUUGAAAACAAAUAUAACUUGGAAGUCGACAUCUUUAUUGAGUGAAAUUUGGAACACAGCGUCUGCUCAUCAGAGAAAUCAUGUUAUUCGGAAAAAAUUGAACAAGUUCGUGGAUUUGUUACUGACUGGUAGUGGUUCGUCAUUCUCUGAUCGAUUUCUCCAGUUCAUAUCCGAUGAUAAAAGAAAAAAACUGAUUUUUAGAUUAGUGAACAGUAGAAUUUUUUACGAAUGUGAUCCGGAUUUUUCGAGCCGCUUCCUGAGCCUGCAUUUGCCACACCCGGAUGAUCAAUUGACGUUCAGAAAAUUGGUUAUUGAUUCUCCUGUAUUUGUAGAACGUUUAUUGAACUUAUUGGAAUGUAAAGAGUAUGAAAGGUUCGAUGAAACGGUGAAUAUUUACUUUUCUCACGAUGCAGCUGCUGCUCAAAUAUUCAAACGAGAGUUCCUAGAAGAGAAAUUGAAAGGAAUGGAGCUCACGUUUAACAUCGAGUUAACAAGUAUCGAUGAAUGGAAUCGAUUGAGCCGAUUCAUUGAUGAGGUUUUUGAUGAAGAUUCGAAACGAGGGUUGAUGGUUAAGCAAUGGUUCAUCAAAUCAGGAUUUACUCAAUUUACCCGCUGUAUCUGCAUAUUGAUCUCAUCUACUCCUACUACCGUUCAACUUGUACAGGGUUUCGAUGAUUUUGUGAAAAUUGUCGAAAUGGUGUUCAAGGAUGACGAACUGAAGAAUGUGAAACGUUUGUUUUCUGAUCAAUUGUGCUCAAUAUCCACUGGUCCUGCUCGGGAAGCCUUUUUUGUUGCUCAUUCGCCGGAUAAUGUUAGUAAAUUAUUUCCAAAGUUUAUGCAGUGGUGUUCGCUGCAUGAUGGAAAACCAAUUUUAAAAUUGUAAUCUAACUAAAUACCCACCUACUUAUGUGUAAUUUAUCAAUCUGUAGCUGUACCUCUACUUACCUGAUAAGCCCAAUAAAAAAA